AUGCCACCUCGCAAGACGAUUGACCUUGAAGCCCUGGCUGCAGCCAAGAAGGCCGCAGACGGCGUGUUCAAGUCUCGGGCUGGAAAGCUCGAGAAGGCUGUGCUUGCACAGCAAGACAAACUUUCUUCGGGGGAAACAAUCAGCGUGGUCGUGAACGGGGAGCGACCACGUCGGGGCAGCUUCGAGGUGACGGUGCGCGGCAAGACCAUCGUCUCUCUCCUCUCCAUGCCCAGGCCCUUCAAGCCGCUGAGGGCACUGGACAUGGACGACCUCAUCGUGCAGGUCAUGGACGCCGUCACCAGCGGUGUGAGCGGCAUCCCAGAUGUCGCCGCGGACAGCAAGCAGCAGAGCACGACCACCACCACCACCAACAACAACAACGACAGCAAGACGGGCAAGGCCGAGGCAACGGCAGCCGCUCCUGCUGCUGCGGAGGAAGAGAAGGAGGAGCCUGCGCCCAAGAAGGCCAAGACGACCGCCAAGACCAAGAAGGCGCCGGCGAAGCGACCGGCCGUGCCAGGCACGCGGCGCAGCGCUCGCCUUCGUGCUGCAGCCAACUAA